GUUGGUUACUGGUACGUUAUUACAGAAGAUGUUUAUCAGUUCUCUGGACUCGGCCCUGAUGUGGAAACCAUUACUCAAACAGUCCUUAAUUCGAUCUUAAAUAUAGCUUACCGUUAGUCAAAUAUGUUAUUGUAGAAGACUGACGCAUCUUGAUUUAAUAGAACGUAAUCAAAUCGGCAUGGUUAUGAAACGGAAUGAAUGCUAUAAUAUUUUUGUUAAAAUUAUAUGAAACGUAUAUAUCAAUAUUAAUUGGAAUACUUUAUGAUACGGUCGAAUCAUGAGGGUUGGACUAACAACAUUUGUCAAAUGUGGAGUCUAUGUAAUAGUAAGUCUACUCGGGAACGUAUCCUGUGAGCCAUGGAAAUACACGUCGUCGUGCUUCGGAUCGGAUGUAUGUGCUAAGUAUGCUCUGGACUGUCCAGUCGACGGACAAGUUAUCGUUUUGGGACAAUUGCUGUACGGGUUUAAGUCCAACGCUGAGUGUAUUCAGGGAAUAUCUGACUGUGUCCGACAGAAUACCACGGCGUGCUGCCAGUAUGAUUCUCUGGACAAGUUUUCAAACUUCACAGAAACAAACAGGAGCACUGUGGUGUCCCUGUGUGAAGGUCGCAAAUCGUGUUCAGGCUGGUCCCCAAGAGCUCCAAGAACUCCUACGAGCAACUAUGUCUGGAUGCAAUACGCCUGCCGUUGGGCCUCCUCUUCUACUUCCGUAGACACCACACCCACAUCACAGACAACCGGCAGUGGUUCCACACAAGUUUUUAUAUCACAUUUGGCAAGCGCCACACUUAGCGCAACAAUUUCUCAUGAAUCCCCCGUACACACAACAUAUACGCCAUUUACACCUACAACGCGCGCAUCAAAGGGUACAGAGCCUGCCACUUCAGAUAGCGUGACAAGUGGAGCAGUAUAUAGUGACCAGACAACUGACACAGCUGAAGUUACAUCGCCGGUUAUUUACGUCACAUCGUCGGAUUCUUACGGUAAAUCGCCGGAUCCUAAUGUAACAUCGUUUAAACCUUACAUAACUUCGCCGUAUCUUAGCGUACCAUCAACACAUCCUUACGUUACAUCGCCGGACCUUAGCGCAACAUCGCCGGAUCCUUACGUUACAUCGCCGGAUCGUAGCGCCACAUCGCCGGAUCCCAAAGUCACAUCGCCGGAUUUUAGCGCUACAUCGCCGGACCACAGCACCACAUCGCCGGAUUCUCACGUUAUAUCACCGGAUCCUAAAUCCAUAUUUCCGGAUCCUAGUGCCACAUCGCCAGAUCCAAAAGGCACGGAAAUAUCCACAGCCACUCCAACAAAUCCGGAAACACCACGUGGUGUGUCAUCUAGACCUGCCGUAGGCGCCACAACGCCCGAUUUUAAUAGCAAUCUUGUAACUUAUGUCUCGUUUUCCUCAAUCCUACAACAGACUAACGAGAUUCGAACACCUCCUACUUUUUCUGUUGAAAAUAUUACACGCGCUGUGAGUAAUACUGGUGCAACACUUGUUACGAACGAUACAGACUCGGGUUCCCCAAGUGACCGCGGCCUCAUCAUUGGGCUUACUAUCGGCAUCCUCCUGACCAUCAUCCUCGUGGUGGGAGUGCUGGUUGUCUACUUCUUCAAACGCAUGAAACAAAAAGAGAGUGUUCGUAAAAAUUACAUCCGAAAUACGAAUAUAUUUUACUCUUUUCCUCAAGAUCACGAAGACACAGAAAGUACCGCGUCUAACAGACACAUAUCCGGGAACCAUUUGAACGGGAAUGCAACGGCAAAAAUAGAAACCUCUGACAAUGACACCGUGCAAAAUUCCACCGUAAUUCUUACACUGAAGCCGGAACACAGCCAUCCUAGCCUUGAUUUGUAUGGACACCAUGAAAGCACACAUAAUCCGCUAUAUGAGCCGUUUGUAGACGAUCGAACAUCCGACAGUGUUGCAAAUAAUAUAUACACGCCGGACACCUCCUCUGAGACCAUUGGCUUCGUAAACGACAGCAUGCAAGGCGGAGGAAGCAUCGCCAGAAGGCCAGCACAUGCAACCAAGUCUGUCACGUUUGAAGCCAGCGCCUUGUAUGCGCAGAUUGUGAAAGAAGGACGAACAAAGUUCUGAUAGGCUGUGGAGAGACUUCUGAUUGUAUUUUGGUUUCACAAUAGGACAGUAGGCAUCGCAUUGUUUUAAAAAUGUUGGCGAUAUUCGCGGUGAAAUCUAUGAUAUUAUGCCAAAUAAAUGUGAUAGAUAG